AUGGAAGUGGCCGUCGCAACUCUUGCCACCGACCGGGCGCUACUGCUGUUGGGCGUGCCGGGUACAGCCAAGACCUGGGUCUCGAACACCUUUCGGCUGCAAUCUCGGGUGCGUCGACGCUCCUGGUUCAAGGUGCACGUCGGGUACGCCCGAGGAAGCUAUCCGCUACGGCUGGAACUACGCACGCCUUCUCUCGGAGGGGCCGACCGCCGGUGCGCUGGUGCCGUCACCUGUGAUGACCGCGAUGGAAACCGGGAGGAUCGCCCGCGUCGAAGAGUUGACGCGCAUUCCGGCCGACGUGCAGGACGCCCUCAUCACCAUUCUCUCCGAGAAGACGUUGCCGGUGCCGGAACCGGGUAUCGAGUGCAGGCAGCCAAGGGCUUCAAUCUGAUCGCUACCGCCAACGAUCGCGAUCGCGUGUGUCAACGAUCUGUCGUCCGCACUGCGUCGACGGUUCAACACAGUUGUUCUCCCGUUGCCGGCCAGCGAGGGGAGGACGAGGUGGCUAUCGUGGCACGUCGAGUCGAACAGUUGGGCGCAGCACUGGAAUUGCCGACAACCCCCGCAGCAGCCGAGGAAAUUCGCCGGGUCGUCACCGUGUUCCGGGAACUGCGAUCAGGGCACGACCACCGACGGCCGCACCAAGUUGAAGUCCCCGUCCGGAACUCUGUCGACGGCGGAGGCGAUCUCGGUGGUCACUCAACGGUUUGGCGUUGUCUGCGCAUUUCGGGGACGCGGCGUACUGCGGGCAUCGCGACGUCGCUGCCGGAAUCCUGGGUUCGGGUGAUCAAGGAUCCGGUCGCAGACAAGGUUGUGUGGAACGGAGUACCUCGAGGCAGUAGUGCG